AUGAGCGACCGUGGCAGCUCCAGAGGAAGAGGCCAACAACGUGGACGGGGCAGCGGUCCUGGCGAACGAGGACGAGGACGAGGACGAGGCAGUCCUGCUCCUUCGAGCGUACAGGGCAGCAUGUCAUCCGCACCCUCAGGACGUGGUGGGGGGCAAGGAGGUCGAGGUGGCACCCAUGACUUUGGUCCCAGAGGAGGAGCAGGAGGAGGUCGGGGCGGCCCUGGUGGGGGUCGUGGACGAGGUGGCCCGCCAGGCUCUGUGAUCUUCCAAGAGAACGUGCCUGCGCAGCUGGCUCCUCGAUUGGGGGAUCCGAGCCUCCAACAGCUCCUCUCUGGGUUCAAAGGCCUGAAGGUGCAACCAGAACGCCCUCUGCGUCCCGGAUACGGCACAGUAGGCACUCCAAUCACACUUCGCGCGAACUUCUUCCCAGUGACGUUGCCUCCUAAACCCAUUUACGAGUACGAGGUCGACAUCUCCCCGAAAACUGAUAUCAACAGAUUGAAGAUUCGGAUCUUCGAGCUGCUCGAGCUGAGCCCGCUGUGCAAGCCACACCUGCCUUAUAUUGCUCACGAUCGUAGUGCCAAGCUAGUAUCGGCGAAGAAACUUCCUCAGCCCCUUGAUAUCCAGGUCCCUUUCUACGAAGACCAUGAACGAGGACCUGCGCCAAAUGCGAAGGUCUACACUGUUUCUAUCAAAUAUCAGGGGGAUCUUGACCCUCGCGAAUUGCACAAGUAUCUCGAAGGGAGGCCCGAAUACCGAGAUUUCAACACCCUCCCAAUCAAUUCAGCGUUGAACCUAGUCGUCCAACAAUACGCCAAUCGCAACGGCAUUCGAGUUGGUAAUAGCCGUUACUUCUUCCCGUCCUCCCAAAAAAUUAGUCUGGGACCCGGAGUCGAAGCGUGGCAAGGAUUCUACGCCUCAAUUCGUCCAUCUCACAAGCAACUGAUGGUGAACGUAAACGUCUGCAUGACUGCCUUCAUUGAGCCAGGUAAUCUCGCUCAAAGGCUCCUGGAUUUCAACCGUUAUUCUCGAGGCGCCAUGCCUACUCUACCGCCGUCCAUGGUGAAGAGCAUCAAAGUUAGGACCAAGCAUCUUGGACACACCAGGAAACUCCUGGCCAUUGGUUCGAAGUCAGCACAAAAUGAAUUCUUCAAUUGCGAAGAACUCGGAGGCAGGGUCUCUGUCGAACAAUAUUUCCAGAGGAAGCACAAAAUCAAGCUGGACCACCCUACCGAUCUUCCAGUUGUCAACAUCGGAUCGGUCAAACGUCCUAAUUGGGUCCCAGCCGAAUUGUGCGAGAUCACUCCAGGCAAUGCCUACCGCGGGAAGCUGAGCGACAAGGAGACUGCCCAAAUGAUUCGGUACGCCUGCAACCCCCCGCGCAUUAACGCCGAGGAAAUCGUCAACAAAGGCUUCCCCGCCCUGGGGUUGGGCGGCCCAGCCGGGACCAAAGCACCUAUUGACGGCUUCGGCAUUGGCAUCGACCCAAACAUGACCGUCGUCCCAGGGCGCGAGUUGCCCCCUCCGCGCUUGUCAUACCGCGUCGGGCAGGCGCGGGUAGCGAACGGCAGCUGGAACAUCCUCGACGUCAAGUUUCAUCGUGGCGCGGCGAUCUCAAGCUGGUGGGUCCUCGUCAUCCGCGACGGAAAGGGCAUCAUCCAGGGCCCAAACGACCAGAAGUUUGUCGGGUUGAUCCAAGGCUUCGCAUCCAAGUUGGCAAAGAGCGGUAUGAGCCUCCCACUUGGGAUGCCUCGCUUGUUGAGCCCGCCGACUGUUCCACCACCCCAAAGCGAUCCCCAGAGGACACAGGCGCUUAACAAUAUCCGAGAGGGCCUUAAAGCGGAGUUGGCCCAGCGGGGGAAGCCGAGUUUUGUCCUCGUGUUGCUCGAAAACAGGGACAACUAUAUCUAUCCUGGUAUUAAGAGAAUUGGCGAUGUCGAGUUGGGUAUUCAGACCGUGCACAUGCAACUCGAGAAGGCGCUUGGGGAUCAGCGAAAGCAGGAUCAGUAUUUCUCUAAUGUCGCUUUGAAGGUCAAUACCAAACUUGGCGGCAUGAAUCACCUCCUCGACGACAGCGCCAUGCGCUGGCUCAGAAAGAAGAAAACCAUGAUGGUUGGAAUCGAUGUCACCCAUCCAGGCCCAGGCAGCCGUGAAGGAACCCCGUCCAUCGCUGCCGUCGUUGCCAGUGUCGAUGACUCGUUCGUCCAGUUCCCAGCGAGCUUGAGAAUUCAAGAGACUAAGAAGGAGAUGUUGGAUGAGUUGCAGAGCAUGCUGAUUGAACGCUUGCUGGUGUACGAAAAGAACAACAAAACCCUUCCAGUCAGGAUUUUUGUGUACCGAGACGGAGUGUCUGAGGGACAAUUCGACGCCGUCUUAAAGGAAGAACUGCCCCAGAUGCUUGAAGCGUUCAAGAAGCUCAGUACCAAAGAGCGCAAGACGCCGUACAAACCCCAGUUAUCCAUCAUCAUCUGCGGGAAAAGACACCAUGCCAGGUUCUACCCUACCAACUCUCAGUACGCUGACAGGAACGGGAACACCCGCCCGGGCACCGUCGUCGACAAAGGCAUCACAGGAGUUUUCGACUUUGAUUUCUAUCUGCAGGCCCACGCGGGGCUGCAAGGCAGUGUCAAGGCGACGCACUACACCGUCGUCUAUGAUGGGAAUGGCCUGACGGCGGACGACGUUCAGCAGGGCACCCACGACGUGUCCUACCUCUACGCGCGCGCGACCAAAGCUGUCAGCCUCAUUCCGGCUGCCUACUACGCUGACCUCGCAUGCGAAAGAGGAAGGUGCUAUUUGAAUGAUUUCUUAGUAGACGACAAAGCCUCGACAGCUGCUCCCAGCGAAAGGGGUAGUCAAUGGAGCGCAAGGCAGGCGAGAGAGGAAGAAGCUAAGAGAGUUUUUGAGGCUGCGAAGAGAUCUUGGGGAGAAGGGCUUCAUCCCGACAUGAGAGGGAGCAUGUUUUAUAUCUGA